CUCGGCGGUCUAGAGAACGUUUUUGUCACUUAUUUAGACAUUGCGGCGCGCGCCAGCAAAAUUCGCCUCUGGAAUGUCACUCAUCCAUCCUCCACGGUUGUGAAUGGUCACAAUCUUCCUAUUUCCUUCCCACCACAACGUAAAUUUAUAUCUCUGGGCUCUGGCGGCCUGUUUCUGUUGAUUUUUGUUUUAUCCUCUCGCACUGUCUCACUGCUCUUUGCAGGGCCCUUUUUGCUGCUGUGCAUGAGCACAUAAGAAGCCUAAAAAGCAUCAAAAUUCUCUCACUUGUCCCUACUUACCAUUUUCCUUUCUACAAAUUAUAAUAUUCAUUAAUGUUUGUAAUUGAUUUACGCGUCGUUUCAAAAACCGUUUGAAGAGCAACUCUAUAUCAGAUGGCCUCGCUGCGCUUCUAGAUCUAUUUUUAAAAUUUAUUUUCGUGAGACAACUGUUGGUCAUCAUCGACUAGCUAGAUCACUGCUCUGUUUUUGGAUCAUUUUUGCGCUGGACUGUAUUUGAAAAAAUGCAAUCAGCCGAGAACUCUGAUCUGGAGAUACACUGCUGCCUAUGCAACAAGCGCUUUACCAGCACCUCCACUAUGCUGCACCACCUCAUGUUCCAGCACGCCUCUGAAGACAUCUGCUUGGCCCUGAUGGCCUUAUCUGCCCAAAGAUCUCACUCACCCUUUCUUCUGAACACUGCACAAUUCAAUGACUUCUUCCAACAAUACCCUCAACUCAAAUCGAUCGUUAAUUUUGAGUUUGACCUGCCAGGUGGGCAGUCUGCGUCCUUUAACCUUCCAAACAUGAGUCCGUUCUUGUCUAGCCACUACUUUUCCUGCAACCCUUCCUCUAUUCCCUGCAGUCCAGCCCUUGGAAUGAUAGCGGAUUGCAACUUCAAUCCUCUGCUGCAAACUCCACCUCAAUCGUACACCCAUUAUUCUUUGAACCUGACUCCGAUCAAAAGCGCGGCAUCUGAAGUAUUUCAAAGGGUCGUGCCAUCACCGGAGAAGAUGAGUUCCCCAAAAGCAAGAGCUCCUCGUUCUAGAAUUUCUUCGGUGAACUCAGUGCAAAAUCUGUCCCAGCAGUCAACGGACACCCUGAUCCUAGACGUCGUCAAUUUGUCUCAAGAGAUGGCCCAAGAGGCUGCCAAUGAGGAUAUGGACGAUGUUCGAAAGUUUAAGUGCGACCAAUGCAAGAAUUCGUACAAGUUGAAGGCCCACCUGACCAGACACAAGAAGAGUGUCCACUCAACGGAGCGCCCCUACAAGUGCCAGUUCUGCGCAAAGGCCUUCAAAGUCAAAGAGUUGCUAAACCAGCACCUGCGGUCACACAGGGAUCGGUUGCCCUUCGACUGCGGUUUUUGCUCCAAAAAGUUCUUCAUGGCGUCUGACCUCAAGGAACACACCAAAAAGGAGCACGAGUAUCACCCUUACAUGUGUGGCCACUGCGACUCCACGUUCCUCUUUUUUGGCAAGCUGGAGAAACACGCAAAACGGUUGCAUAAGUGUAAUGUGUCACAAUGUCAGAUGUGCACGGGGCUGAAGAAAAAAGGUCUCCGAAACACUAGAAAGUUUGCUUUUUCUGUUUUGAAUUUCAUUUGUGAUAUCUGCAAGAAAGGCAACGUUGACAAGAAUAGGUUGCGUAUUCAUCUCAAACGAGCACAUAAUAUUGGGUAAGAAGAUUCUGCGCACAUUUUGUGGGGGAUAAAAAUUUGAUUGGGUGAUGUUCAAUAAUAAUUAAAUAAAAGUGGUUAAUUUGUGUAAAGGAAAAUGAUUUGCUCCCUCCACUUUUUCCAUAUUGUAAAAAUAUUUUUUGUAUAUUAUGCUACUCAAUUUCUUUCUUUUUGAAAUUUCAAAUUAUUGUUCCAAAAAUAAAUAUGCACACCAAAUCAGCAGACA